ACACAAUGCGGCGAGUGGUACGACAGAGCAAGUUUCGGCAUGUAUUUGGACAAGCAGUGAAAAAUGACCAGUGCUAUGAUGACAUCCGGGUUUCUCGUGUGACCUGGGAUAGUUCCUUUUGUGCUGUCAAUCCCAGAUUUGUUGCCAUAAUCAUAGAAGCAAGUGGAGGUGGAGCUUUCCUUGUACUUCCUCUGCACAAGACGGGUCGAAUUGACAAAUCCUACCCUACGGUAUGUGGCCACACAGGACCAGUGCUGGAUAUAGACUGGUGCCCACACAAUGAUCAGGUCAUUGCCAGUGGUUCAGAGGACUGCACGGUUAUGGUAUGGCAGAUUCCAGAAAAUGGACUCACCCUUUCCCUGACUGAACCUGUGGUGAUCUUAGAAGGCCAUUCAAAGAGAGUUGGUAUCGUGGCCUGGCAUCCGACAGCACGCAACGUACUUCUGAGUGCAGGCUGUGAUAAUGCCAUCAUCAUCUGGAAUGUGGGGACGGGUGAAGCCCUUAUAAACUUGGAUGACAUGCAUUCAGACAUGAUUUACAAUGUGAGCUGGAACCGGAAUGGCAGUCUGAUCUGCACAGCUUCCAAAGACAAGAAAGUGAGAGUGAUAGAUCCCAGGAAACAAGAGAUUGUUGCUGAGAAGGAGAAGGCACAUGAAGGGGCCCGGCCCAUGCGGGCCAUCUUCCUGGCAGACGGCAACGUCUUCACCACUGGCUUCAGCCGCAUGAGCGAGCGGCAGCUGGCGCUCUGGAACCCGAAAAAUAUGCAAGAACCAAUUGCUCUUCAUGAAAUGGACACAAGCAACGGGGUAUUGCUACCUUUCUAUGAUCCUGACACCAGUAUCAUUUACUUAUGUGGAAAGGGUGACAGUAGUAUCCGCUAUUUUGAGAUCACGGAUGAAUCCCCAUAUGUCCACUACCUCAACACGUUCAGCAGCAAGGAGCCUCAGAGAGGGAUGGGUUACAUGCCCAAGAGGGGACUUGAUGUUAACAAAUGUGAGAUUGCCAGAUUCUUCAAGCUUCACGAGAGAAAAUGUGAGCCUAUUAUCAUGACUGUUCCCAGGAAGUCUGACCUUUUCCAGGAUGACCUGUAUCCUGACACAGCAGGGCCCGAAGCUGCCCUGGAGGCAGAAGAGUGGUUUGAGGGGAAGAAUGCUGACCCAGUCCUCAUCUCCUUGAAGCACGGAUACAUUCCAGGCAAAAACAGGGAUCUAAAAGUGGUCAAGAAGAACAUUCUAGACAGCAAGCCUGCUGCAAACAAGAAGUGUGACCUGAUCACGGUCCCCAAGAAAAACACAGACACAGCCAGUGUGCAAAAUGAAGCCAAGUUGGAUGAAAUUUUAAAAGAAAUCAAAUCUAUUAAAGACACAAUCUGCAAUCAAGAUGAGCGUAUUUCCAAGUUAGAACAGCAGAUGUCGAAGAUAGCAGCCUGAAUGUCCCACCUCCAUCCCUCCAAAAAUGGGAGCAAGAACUUGUGCUUGGUAGCUGGUCGUUGGUGUGGUCCUAGGGAGGGCGGAAGGGAGGCACUGCCAUUUGGAGACAUUCCAUUUCAGAUCUGUCAACCAGCGAUAGGCCACAUUCCAGUAAGAAUUCAAUUCGUCUCCCAAAUUUGCAAAAACAAAAGCUAAGCUUUUUAUCAGAAAGCUUUUUUGAUGUUUUAA